AUGCCACCUGCCUUCAACCAGGCGCCUGGAAUGCUAGCGCCUCAUGCCGAAUGGCAUUGGCUGAUCCAGAACCGGGCUCCUGGCUCGGCCUCAAGGCCCAAAUACUGGGCCUGCAUUUCUGUUUGCUUAGACAGGAGACCGGUCCCUGAAGGAGGACCGCCAAUGCCUUUUCGGAACGAGUUAAGAGCUUGGGAAUUGUCAGAAGUCGUCGAAACCGUCAAGACCGCUGCCAAAGAUCUCAAGGAUAAGAUUGUCAACAACUGGGAUGGAACUCUCAAAAUCGUCAACACUGCCAUGGGCGUCGCCACCGGCGUGACUGUCAUCAAGGCCAUGAACAGCAAGCCCAAGCGUGGCCUUGAGGACAUGGAGGAGCGCGACUACGAAGGAAUCGAAGUGCGUGACACCGAAGAGCUUGACGAGCGUGACAUUGAAGAACUUAAUGCGCGUGACAUUGAAGAGCAUGUCACGCGCAUCAAGCUCUUCAAUGUUACGCGUUUUUUAAUGAAUUUAAUAUUGGGAUUACAAUCUAAAUUUCAAUCGUGA